GCUGGACAAGACACGCCCUCAGACUACCUGGGUGUAGCCCCAUCAAUAAGGAUCAUAUCCAUCCAACCCGGAUGAAGCAAUCACAUAUUUACCACCACAGAACAAUACUUACGCAAAUUGAUUGACCAUAUUCCCCUCAACCCUUCCUUGACCAUCCAAAGAACUGAUGUUUUGCACCCCUGCGGCUACGCAGUUCCUACCACGCCCGUCCACAAAUUCAAUGUCCGUUUGCUAAUGAGGUAAAUCAUGAUGAUCCAUAUCCUAUACAGUAUAACAAUGGCUCGCGUUGAACUCCUCGAGCACAGCCAUGCUGUGUGGGGAUUUGGUGCUUACUUUUAAACACACAUUUCAUCUUCACCAGUUCGAAAGGAUACCUGUCUUAUUUUCUAACUCCUGAACGGACAGAAACAUGGAGCGAUUGCAUUUGUUUUGCAUCUCUCUGUUAUGUCUGCUGUGCCAGAUCGCUUUGGGGGACCAAUACGCUCUCAACCCAAGAGGGCGCAAUGUCUGCCAUCUUCCCAAACGGCCAUACCAUCAAGACGCAUUGAGACCGUAUGAAUGGCAGCUCAAGUCAGAUGAUCUGAUGGAAUAUCGCUGCUGUGAUGGAUGGGCUCAAAUAGGCGACUCAUGUCCCCAAGCUGUGUGCAAUACGCCCUGCAACCAUGGCUAUUGUGCCGCGCCCAAUUACUGCUCAUGUGACGAUCAUUGGGCGGGACCGACGUGCAACGAGGCAUGUCCGGUACUAUUUGAAGCUGGUCGGUGUGUUUACGAGUGUGAUUGCCCGUCUAGAAGAUGCAAUUACCCGGAUGGAUAUUGCGCCUGCCCACUCGGCUUCUCGGGACACAAAUGCAAUGUGCCAUGUUCGCCGGGGUAUUAUGGUCCAGAUUGCCUCCUUCAGUGUCACUGUGAUGGCAACGUCACGUGUACGUCUGACACAGGUUCAUGCACGAGUCCACAGAACAUAUCAACCAUACCAGAUGCUCCCGGGUUAAAGGUGCAUGCAUUCCGCAUGGCCACCCUGACAGGAUGCGGCAUAGCGGCAGUUGUGGCCCUGGUUAGUGCGACUGCGUACGCAGUCCGCAAGAGACGGACGAGACGAGUCUUCAAUGUCCGGAAAAGAACAAUGAGUAUGACGCCCAUAGCGAACAGGCCACUUGUCGACAAUGAAGAUAUUUCACUCAAGUCGACGCUCUCAUUUGGAGCCCGUGGCACCAAAUACCAAGGUUACUCAGUCAGGUUCCCAGGUAGAUGUUCCACUUCGUAUGUCGGCAUGCGGGACUUGAUAACAAAUGGAGAGACUAACCUAGAUUCAACCGGCAGACCCCUGUCCUGCCUUUCAACAUCUACAACAAUCUCCAUGGUAGAGUCCUUAUCAGAGUGCAGGGACACCAUCUAUGAGGUCCGUGAGGCUCACGUUCUGGGUGCACUGAGGAAUCAGGUGCAUAAUCCCAGGUACACCAACAGCAGUGUGUUUUCAGUCAACAAGACGAAACCGCUGGAUGAGAGACUAAACUCAGUCAGGGAUGGGGUGGGUGUUGGCUGUGAUAGUGAUUCCGAUGAUGAGUUGGAAUAUAAUUAUCCCUAUGCUGAUCUUGCUUUGAGGUUGCCAGGACCUGCUGAGACGACACAAGAUGCAUGUAGUAGAGCUCUUAGAUCAUGCUCUAGUAACACGGAGUACGUGGUGGUCCUCAACAAAGGCUUGAAUGCUGCCUGCUUUACCCAAGAACCGAUUGAGCUAGGGUUAACGAGGGAAGGACCAGUUGGGAUGAGCUUCACCACCUCAACACCUGCAUCCUCUGCUCUGAAGGCCUUGCCAAGUCCAGGAGAAGGCUCAUCAACCGAGACUCAGAUGGCACGUUAUCAGGUACCUCGCUCUCCCCCAAUCCAGCGCUUUGCGGGGUCACCUUGCAAUCAGACGUUUGUGCGAGGUUACGUGACCUCGGUGAGGAACCCCUCAAGCUUAAACAGAGGUUCUGAACAUCGACGAACAAGGAGGAUGAAGUCAGAGAGGUUCAAGUGUCCUCCACCCCCUCAAUACAGCCCGCCUGAGAAGGAGAGGGACUCUGCACUAUACGUCAAUGACCGUAUCAGCAUGGGUGGGGUCAGGCAAUCCGUAAAAAGCAACAAGGUGGCUCCACCGAUACCAAAACCAAGAACCAAAAUAGCAGGUCAAAGCCCUGCAAAAACACCAGACAGUGAAAUGGACGGUGAAAUGGGCGGUGAAAAAGGCUUGGACAUGCCAAAAACAGAACGAUUCAUCUAAGACAAUAGGUCAAAGGAUGUACAGUGCACCUACGCAAAAUGCCAUUUUAGUUUCGAUUCCUCAACAUCCAAGUUUAUAACUCAACAUCUACACGCAAAUUAUUUGAUGGUUUUUAUUGAUUAUUCUAAUGCAAGUGGUCAAAUGAUUUCAUGAUUAAGAAAUACUAUGUACAAUGUAGAUGCAUAUUUGACAAAAACAAUGACAAUGCAAACAAAAUACAUUUUAAGGCGAGUAAAAUACAUUUUAAGGCGAGUAUUAAGGGUGUUGUCAAC